CCUUGUAAGUUGUAAUUAGAGUUGGGGCGGAGUGAAUUUCCAAUAUAAACGAACACAAAAAAAGCAGUUUGGGAACAACAUAGAGAAGAAAAUGGGGGACUCAUUCGCAGAAUCAGGACCAGUUUGGAGGAAUGAAGAAGACGAAGAAGAAAAAUCGAAGAAAAUAAGAAUUAGAGUGAAGUGGAGUAAAGACGAAGAUUUAGAUGACCAAGGAGAGGGGAAGAAAAAGGAAGGGGAAGAAGUACACUUCAAUGUUGACAAUGACAUUCCUCUAAGAUGGCUAAUGAUUCGUUACUGUGAUACUGUUGGUGCCGAUUUUGACCGCACUCGUUUCGAAUUUAAGGGUGCUUGUUUGAGAGAAACUGAUACUCCUCUCCAUCUUUCCAUGCUUCCUUCUGAGGUCAUUUGUGCUUAUACUUUUCACUUUGUUCGUAGGUCUGUAAAUUAUGCAACUAUAUGCAUCCGCGUGCACAGAGAGAAAGACACGUUUCUUAGGGUGAGACGUACUGCACCAUUACGACCUCAGCUUAUUCGUGGUCUCUCUGAUGUUGGACUUCUUGAAGAAGGCUCAGUGUGCUUUGUUUUUACUGGAACGAGGUUGAAUGAUGAUUACACUGCAGACGGACUUGAUAUUGAGGAUGGUGACAUCAUUGAUGCCUUCAAUUUUGACGAGAGCAGUUCUUCCUUGAGCAUAAUUAAAUCACGCAUUGCUCUCAAAGUGAUAAACGAUGAGACUUCCAAGCACCUUAUGUUCCAACUCAAACGGAGUACUCAUUUGAGUGUGCUGAUGAAUAAAUACCGUAAAAUGGAAGGACUUGACGAAAACGCUGCUUUCUUUCACGGUGAGCGCAGACUUAUGGGUUCAAAGACAGUGGAGGAGGAGAAGUUAGAGGACGGUGAUGAAAUUGUUGCCAUCUCAGUUGAUUAUGAACUGUAAAUUUGUUGAUUUUUAAUUUUAAUUUUAAUUUUUAUUACGGAGUAGUUCAUAUGCAUCAUGAGCAUAUUUAUGUAGGAUAAUAGUUGUCUUUUGAGAAUUCUGAUUAGUAAACGUUCUAUAGACCUAAUUGCGGUGUGGUUGAUUAGUUUAAAGACUCUUAGAGUCUUAGUUGACAACAAUUUAAUCGAAAUGCUUUUAGGUGUGGCUCAUUCAACCCCCCUUGUGAACUCCUAUUUUCAUUUGAUGAUGUUCAUUUCUUCUCAGUAAUUUAGAUUUAGAUUUGGAUUUGGAUUUGGA